AUGACAACACGGGCGUUCCCGCUGGUGCUGGACCUCGGCGAGCGGUCGGGCACACGGCGGACGGCUGACCUCGAGGAGGAGACAUGGGAGGCACUGACGGCGCUUCGCACGACUGGCGUGCGACGGAAGCCGGUUGCCUUGUCGGUUGUGCCGUCGCCGCCGAAGCGGACGAGGAAGAUGUCGGCCCGGGACAGAUCGGUGUCGUAUGGAGCCCAUGUCGAUGCCGUGCGACGGAGACGUCGCAGAUCGCUGGUGGCCGCAGAGCGAGUGCUUGUGGUGGCGGGGGAGGACGGCGGCGAUGCUGCUGAGCAGACGCAGCAGAACAGCGGUCGGAGAAAGCCCGUUCCGCCGAUGCUUGGCAAAGGCGCUGAUGGUCCGGGAUGGCUGGGCACGUCGUUUGCGGCCUUCGACUCGUCGACGUUCCGCACAUGGCAGGGCAGUCGGCAGAAGCGGCGGAAGUCGCAGCUGUCGAGCGAAGGACGGCGCAAGGUGGCGGACGCGGUCGAGGCACGGGAUCGUGGUCUGGCCGCGCUCAAAAAGCUGCGAGAAGAGGUGGAGGAGCGACAAGCGCUUCAGGAGGCCACGGUCCGAGGGACUGAGACGCUGGUAUACUCGCUGCGAUCGUCGGUCAAGCCCGACUUUCCGCCGCAUGUGCUCGAGCGCGUCGACCGGGGUCAGCAGCAUGUUCUAUACUUUGAUCCAGCCCACGACGGGCCGUGGUACGGCCAGCGAUGCAAGGACGUGGCACGCGAGGUGGCGAACAAGCAUAGGCAGACCCGCAGUGCGCGGCAUGCCCAGCGACGAUUGAGGGAAGCCAUGCGCAAGGCGAGCGAGGAGCGUCGGUCUGCCUACGAGCGGGAAGUCGAGCACCGAGUGGCCAUGCGAUCUGCGUCGCGGCGUGCGCUGCAUCCUCUGGGGAACGCCGACGACGACGUUAAGGAGCAGAGCUUUGGUGGCAAGCACUUGUAUGUGGCCAUGCCGCCCGAUAAGGCACUCGGCUCGGCGAAAAGUUCUCUUAGGCUCCGGCGUGAGCGGGUGAUGCGGUCUGAGUACUCGGGUCAUGUAGCGCUAGUCGAGCUCCCGCUGGAGACUCGGCUCGGCAGCGGGUCGCAGGUCACCGACGUGCCGCCGACACCGGCGCUAGACAAGCUCGAGUCGUCUGUUGUCGAGGAGAUGGCACACCUGACAAGCGAACUGGUUCUGACCAACGAGGGCAGUGGGCUGGUUCGAAUCACCAAGCUCGGUCGGCAGGCGCACCGACGCGCGGCGCGGGAGAUCGAGGAGGCCAAGCAGCGGCGGCGCGAGCUCGACGCACUCGUGCCCGAGUCCUCGGUCCUUCCGGCCAACUUCAAAGCAACAUACGGCAUGCAGUCGUACUCGUACGGCGACAUCGGAAUGGAGGCCAAUGCCGACGGUGUCUUCUCGGUCGUCGCCUACCGCAAGUCGGACUUGCCGUAUGGCAUGCCACUCCCGACUGGAUAUCGCGACCGGCUCCGCCAGUAUGCGUCGCACGCGGCCGACAUCGAGGUGCGUAAUCUGGACGACGAGUAUGCAGCGUCUGCGCUGGCGGCGGCCAGGCAACUUACUGCCAAGCCCGAGCCGAGCUUGGUGGAGUGA